CACGUAGCAUGAAACGUGUUAAAAUAUUGGCUACCUGAAGAUAGCUGUGAAUAGUAUAUAUGCAUCCAGCGCACUAAAUUCUCGUAUUCAGUGCGACGCCGUAAAGCAGAGAAAUUGGCACGUAGACCAGUGACUGAGCAUUGACUAUAUCCAAAAAAAGGCAAUCAUGAACUUGUCCGUGAUCAUCUGCAUAAUGACGACCCUCUUGGGUCCAGCCUUGGGAAAAGUAAUGAUGUGCUAUUUCGCAAGCUGGGCUACGUAUCGUGUUGGAAAUGGCCACUUCGAAGUGUCCGACAUCGAACCCGAUUUAUGCACGCAUUAUAUCUAUGCAUUUGUCGGUAUCAAGGGAGAGGGAAAUAUCGACAUCCUGGAUCCGUGGAACGAUAUAUCUGACGGUGGUGGAAAAAAUAAUUUCGGGAAGCUUGUUGCUUUGAAGAAGACGAAAACAGCACCUAAAGUACUCGUUGGUAUGGGUGGAUGGAAUGCAGGUAGCACGAACUUCACUAUUGUCGUGAACAAUGCUACUUUACGUGCGACAUUUGUUAAAAACGCUGUUGAUUUUCUUAUAAAGUAUAAGUUUGAUGGAUUGGAAAUGGAUUGGGAGUAUCCCGCUCAACGUGGAGGAGCGAAGGCCGACAAGGAAGGCUUCGUUGCUUUUUUGAAAGAACUGAAGGAGGCAUUUGUAAAGGAAGGACUUCUCCUAACUGCUGCAGUUGGAGCUACCAAAGAUCUUGCAACUCCAUCUUACGACAUUCCAGCAAUAGCCGAAAUCUUGGAUUACAUUAGUGUUAUGACUUAUGACUUGACUACUGCAUCUUCCUCUGACGUUAUAGGACAUCACGCACCAAUGUUUGCUGCCAGUUAUCAAGCAAACAACGCUACCUUAUUGCAAAACAAUAUAGUAGCGUCUAUCGACUUCUGGCUGAAGAGUGGUGCUCCUGCUUCGAAAUUGGUACUUGGAUUGCCUCUUUAUGGAAGGACAUUCACAUUGGCCGAUACUUCAAAGACUACACCCGGAAGUCCAUCAGCUGGUCCAGGACUUGCCGGUCCCUACACGGGCGGCGCUGGUAGCCUUGGUUACAAUGAGUUGUGCGAAAAACAAUUAAGUGGAAACUGGACCACUGUUUGGUAUGAAGAACAGGAAGUGCCUUAUGCCUACAGUGGAGAUCAGUGGAUAGGAUUCGAUAAUGAAAGAAGUUUAGCGAUAAAAAUAAAAUACGCUAAGAAGCUUGGACUCGCUGGCAUAAUGUUCUGGAGCAUAGAAACUGAUGACUUCAAGGGAAUUUGUGGCAGCAGCUCUUAUCCACUUCUUAAGGCUUCUAGGACAGAACUCUAUUCUCGAAGGAACCAUUCGUUUUUUGGUACACCCAUAGAGGAAGGGAGAAAAUUAAACGGACGUCAUCCUACACGUAGACAUCUACGAGUGGUGCCAACAUAAGAAAUUGCUUCUUAACAUAGGCUAAGGAUUCUCAUAAAUAUGUUAUGAAUGUAAAUUUGUUGUAAUUUCUGUGUUUCCUUUCAGACUAGCAAUGUAAUAAAA